GUGUACUCAAAAAAUUGAUCGAAUCCGCGGUUGACGGAGUGAGAAUACUGGAUCUAUGCACAUUGGGCGAUAAAUCAAUCGAAGAGGGUGUGAAAGCUCUUUACGCAAGAAAUAAAAAUAUGCAAAAAGGAGCUGAGACGUUAAAAAACGGUGACCUAGUAAAGAUUCAAUUGGGUGCACAGGUUGAUGGCUAUGCUGCUAUCGUGGCUACCACCAUUGUCGUUGGUGCAUCAAAGGAAAACCCGGUCAAAGGUCGUUUGGCUGAUGUUUUGACUGCUGCCCAUUUGGCAUCUGAAGCUGCUAUGCGAUUGGUAAAGCCUGGAUCGAACAAUAUGAAGGUGACUGAGACGAUACAAAAGAUAGCAAGAUCGUUUGAAACAAAUUCUGUGGAGGGCAUGUUAUCGUACCAACAAAAUAAAAAUAAUAUUGAAGGCGAGAAACAAAUAAUUCUUAAUCCGAAUGAGCAACACAAGCGAGAUUUUAAGAGUGUAAAUUUUGAAGUAAAUGAAGUAUAUGGCAUUGAUAUAUUAGUCUCGACCGGGGAAGGCAAGCCUAAACCAUCUACCACACGUACGACCGUUUACAGAAAGACCAAUAAUAGCUAUUCACUAAAAAUGAAGACAUCUCGAAUUGUCUUUAGUGAAAUUAGUCAGAAAUUUGGGUCGUUUCCUUUCCCCUUGAGGGCAUUGGGGGAUGAGAAAAAAGCAAGAAUGGGAAUAGUAGAAUGUUCCAAUCACUCCUUAGUAACGCCAUACGAUGUGUACCAGGAAAAGGAAGGCGAAUUCGUGGUACAAUUCUUCAACACCAUCCUCCUGACUAAGAACGGUACAAUGAAGAUCACCAAUAUUCCGUACGAUCCAGAGAUUGUGCAGAGUGAAAAGAAAGUGGAGGAUGAGGAGAUUUUAGCCUUGUUGUCCACCGAAAUACGACCAACUAAGAAAAAGAACAAGAAAAAACAGGCGAGUGACAAAGAUCCUGCCGAGGAGAAGGGAAAAGAUACCGCGGUAACAGAGGGUACAACUGAAUAA